CCCCACCCCGCACCCAGCAUCCUUCGGUUUCCAUUUUAGAAUUUAGCAGCGGCGGCCGACAACUUGUGCGGUUAGAUAAACCUUACGCGCUACGAUUCCGUAAUUUCCGACAGAUCCAGAUCUUUUUCCGUCAGCGCUACCGAGGAUCAGGGUCGGGUGCGCUUAUUUUUGUUGUGUGUGGAGUUUCUUACGUCGAGAGUGUCCUUUGACGAGCUGAGGAGGCUGAAGAUUUGACGAGAGGUGUGGGAACGGAUCGGUUAUUGGUGGGGUGGCAGAAAAAGGUGCGUUGAUUGGAGAGGGUUGUUUGGGGCAGUUUGGAGAACGUUGGGGUUGGCCGAGGCUGAGGGGGGAUUCUGGAUCCUUAUUGGAUGAUUGGGGGUGUAGGUGUUUGGCAGCCUAUUAUUUGAUUGAGAUCGCAAUACAGAACUAGACUGCCACUUUCGACAUCUAGGACGAGGUCUUGAUACGGUACUACAAGAAGCCGUCGAGAUGCAUUACAUACGCUUCCUCAAGUCUCCUAGGCUUAUUGAUAAUUCUCUCCGGAGUGCACCUUCCUCUUUGACGGCGAAGAUCACUAUCACGACUGAUUUGGGUGAAUCCUUUUUGUGGGACGAUAUCAACGUUAUUGCUGAAGUUGUUUCUCAUGAUGGAGAGACGGUGAUUGGUAAGGGGGUUGAAUAUGCUUGGAAAGGGAGGGAAGGGAUGAGGGGUUUGGAAGUUGUUUUGAGGAUUCCGCCACGGGUGGAUGGGGUAGUUAGGAUGAGAGUUCGUUCUGUGACAGAGGAGCUGGAUGUGAGAAGGUUAUCGGAGAUUGUUGACAGGAAGGGUAGAAGUGAAGAGGGAAGUAUUGUUGGAGUUUGGAGUAUGGACGUUAACCUUUCCACGUCUUUGGCGAAAGUAAAAGAGGUACAACCUCCUCUUGCUGAGAGAGUUUUUCAGAUUGGAGAUGGGAAAGCACUUCAUAUCUGGGAGGAGACUGGAGAGUCGAUUGCUAGGCAUAUUUGGUAAUGUUUCAUCUCUCUCAAUUAUGUCCUCACUCUAACAUUGAUAUUUAGGGACGCAGGAUUAACACUCUCUUCAUACCUCCACACAAUAUCACCCCUCUCGUCCACAUCAACGACAAGUUCCAAGCUUCCAGUUCUAGAGAAACUCUUGCAAGAAAAGUCAGAACUGAACAUUAUAGAACUAGGAGCCGGUUGCGGCAUAGUCAGUCUAACACUACACCACCACUUCCCCCAAAUCUCCAACUCAAUCCUCACCGACCUCCCCGAAGCUUCAGAGAUCCUCUCGCAUAACAUAUCCCAUCUAUCCAUCCCAGAUUCCCCUUCCAGAAAUUUCACGACUACUCUCAAACAUGAAGUCCUGGAUUGGUCACAGCCGCUGCCAUCCUUUGCUGCCGAGAAGAAAUGGGACUUGGUAAUGGUGGCUGAUUGUACUUAUAAUCCGGAUGUGGUACCUCAUCUUGUAAAGACUCUUAAAGAGCUGACUUCUGAAGAGGGAGGGAAGGAGGGUAAAGGAUUAGUUUGCGCCGCGAUGAAAGUUCGGCAUGAGAGCGAGAUGGUGUUCUUCGAUCUUAUGACCGAAGCUAGAUUUGAGGUCCUAGGGAAGUGUAGGAUUCCUAUAGGAGUUCUUGGUGGAGAAGGGGAGGAAAUCGAGAUUUUUGUUUUUGGUAGAAAGGGGAAAUAAAAAGAAGCGAAUAAGCGAGAAAGGCUCAAGUAAUUAAAUUUAUACCUACUCUCUUUACUCUUUAGAAAAGAUUCUGAUAAUCGAGUAGAUAUAGAACAACG